GGAACCCGCACACCGCGAAAAGAAGGAGCCCACCCAGCCGCUGGCUGCACCUGCCACCGACCGCACCGCACCCGCACCUACCGCACCACCGCACCGCAUCGCCGUCCGCCCCUCCGCAGUUUCUCGACCCGUCGCAUCGUCCCACGGCCGUCGCUCUUUCCCUCCCAUUCAGUGUUCUCCUUCCUAUCCAAUCAUUCCCAUUCGUUCUAGCCCAUCGACCACUUCAAUUUCCACGGCCGGUGCCAAGAAGGUGCACACUUGGUGUGCUUGCGCCCAGAGUGUGCCUCCCUGUACUUGUGUGUGCCUGCGCCUACCUACUUGCCGCCUGGCCUUGCCUCGUCUGCCUGUCAGACCGACUGCAUCCUUCCCGAUGGACGCAUGUCAACUUUGAGGCUCGAUUGACUAAACCUUGCCACCUGGACUUGGAAAAAGAUCAACGCCAACAAAUCCCCCUCCUCCUACUCCGUACAUAACUUCACACUACAAUCCCGUUCAAACGCAACCCCUUUUCCUCCCAAUCCUGAACACCUCCCACCACUUUAUCAGAGCAUCAGGCCGCUUCCGAAAGCACCGCUGCUGCCCCGCACAGGAACGCCUGACGCCGUCGCACGCCCCAGGACUGAACCCCGAAAGCCCCAAGCUUACAGAACUCCCAUCACCCCUGGCUCGCUAGACACACCGAAACCUUAUUGAGUGUCACUCCCAGUCUCUAGGUCUGACUCAGCAAAAACGCCAUUUACACACCUUGGAUCAGUAGAUCACCUAUUUGGCAUAUCAAAAUCUCGGACAAGCUUGUGUCACAGCCACGCUCCCGACGUCAAUCAGCAUUCAUCAUCCCUCAGGCCACACUGAGUUCCUCACUCUCACGCGGUCUGGGAUACGUAGACUGUGUUCCGAAGCAACACCAGGAUUGGCCAGUUGCGACGUUGAGUCUCAACACCCACGCAUACUCACUGAGCGCCCAGCGAGCCUGGAUUCUCUCUGUACUGCAAGUGGCCGUUUCAUUCUGCUGGACCUGGGACGCAGUUUUAACCUCGAUCUGCAAGUUGCAAAGCGAUUAUCCGGACAGUCCUGAUCAACAUCCUGCCAUCCACCGUUUAGGUCCGGCACACUGUUGCAAACAGGCUAGGGUACUGAGGAUAUUACGAAUCCCUCAUGUUGUAGGCCAUUUAUUGGCUUUGAUCUCAUCUCUUCGUCAUUUGCUCUUGUAUCGCAGCGCUGCCCAACACGUUGGCCGAGGCUGCCUUACACACGCAAAAACAUCCGCACUUCUCACAAGGCAGUUGCGCCCAGUCUCGCCUUGUUUUCAUAUUCAAGCCGAGCUUCGCAGCAAUACUCUGCCUCGAUUUACUGUCACCCUCAACGCGACUUGCAUUGGCCGUACGUCUGUCGGAACUCUACACCUCUGACUCCCGAGGAUAUAUGACGAUAGAACAGACCGUCAUUCCUUUCACCGCACGUAGCAGCCCACGCCUGAAUCAGGACUUAUACGCCGUGCUUUUCUGGGCACAUAUCCACUCAGCGACUGAAUACGGGACACAUCCAUCAUUAGACGCAAUCACAGAACCAUUGCAAGAUUAUUCCUGCUGAGAGAGACGACCUCACAACUGCGGACAACAAAAAAGAGGUGGGGGUGUAGGCUGGCUUUUGUACUCAAAAAUCAGUCCCUGCCCUUCGCUUAAUCAUCCAGUGUCCCACGCCAGCCACAUUUGGAUUGGAACCUUGGCCAAUUUUUUUCGGGGCACCAGCCAAGGCCCCCUGUCGUUUGGCCUCCACUUCCAAAUUGAAAAAAAAAAGCGGCCAUCAAUUUUUCCAGAAGGGCCGGAGGUAGAGGGGGAAAAAAGUAAUAAAAAUGGCGGACGACACGACCUACGCACCAAAGUCGCCGGACCUCUCUUCUUUUUUCUCGGCAGCACCCGCCCCGCCUACACCUCCACUGCACACUCACAGUCUGCAGCACUACCAGCAACAACUGAGCAAGCUCCAAACCUCUCCGUCUCCGUCUGCGUCCGCGUCUGCUGCACCACCGCCCGUAUAUGAAUACUCCUCCCCCUCAGCACGCAUUCACCACCCAAGCCAGUCAUCUUCUACUCCUGUUCACAUCAAACAAGAGCAGCCCCACUUCCCAUCACCAGCGGCAAUCAAAACGGAAUUCUCUUCCUAUCAGCCACCGCUACAACCCCACCACCACCAAGGUCAGCACCAGCACCAGUACCAACCGCUUCAGCAGCAACAGCACCACCAACAUUACCUAUCUCCUCAAUACCACCACCAGUCGCCGCCACAUAACCACCCAUCUCCGCAACAUCCCCCACCACAUAUGCAAAGCGCGUAUGGGAUACAGCCCGUUCUCAACUAUCAGGAACAGCAGCCUCAUCAGCCCAAAACACCUCAAAGCCAAGGAUUUCUAGACCAGAAAAACUUUGGUGGAGCACCCCAAUUACACGAUAUCCCCUACAACCCAGAUACACAACAUCUACCACAAACACCAGCUUCAGCAACUAUGCCUCCCAGAAAGAACACAAAGCAGGCUGACUCGCCACCUCCAAUUGACCCUUCACCCGUUCGGACAAAGUUCCCCACAGCCAGGAUAAAGCGUAUCAUGCAGGCCGAUGAGGAGGUUGGUAAGGUCGCCCAGCAGACUCCCAUUGCUGUUGGCAAGGCUCUCGAGAUGUUCAUGAUUGCUGUUGUCAGCCGAAGUGCCGAAAUCGCACGGGAGAAGAACUCUAAGCGUGUCACGGCUCAGAUGCUCAAGCAAGUCAUCGAGACAGAUGGCCAGUACGACUUCUUGGCGGACAUUGCUGCAAAGGUUGGCGACGAGGAGAAGAGAGGUGGUCGCUCCAAGGCUGAGUCGUCAAGCGACGAGGAAAUGGAAGUUGAGACGAAGAAGAAGGGCAAGGGCGGCCGUAAGAAGAAGGCCGCUGCAUGAGUUCUCUCAUUCUCAGCUUGGGUCUUGAGGCGAGGGAAGGGAAGGGAAAGGAAUUUUCCCAUGAUGAGAAAUAUGACAAGGGUUAUGAGGAUUGGCGUUGGACUGGCUAGCAUCUACAUCGGCGUUGGGUGACACGGCGAUAAACUCGUCGAGCCGCACCUGGGGGGAAAUAUUACAUGGUUUACCUUACGGAAAGGAGGAACAAGCGCUGCUUCCUCGACUUGCAUGCCAUGGACGGCUUGUCUUUCUAUAUGCGCAUCGAGCCUGUCUUGGACAAGUCUUCUUACGAUUUUAGAAUGAAAGCAUUUUAUCGUUUGCACACA